AUGGAUUCGGAGUUGAAUCCACAUGGUCAAGAAAUGAUGCGUUUGGACGAGAUCAUUUUAAAGUUAUCGAUCCAUGAUCCAGGAAGUGGAACUGUGAAUGGUGACAGUGAUGCGUUGCUUGAGGAUUUAAGACGCUAUUUGUCGGUUUACGUAGACUCCUAUGACACUGCUGUGGAUGAAAGAGUUAGACUAUUACUAUCAGAACAGGACUUAAAUAUCAGGGAUGAGAACAAGUUGGAGUUGAUCACUAUUUUUUCCAUCAUUAAAACUAUUAAACACAUAGACUCUUUAUUAUUGGAGCUGCUGAACGUUGAAUCGGUUAGAAAGAUUAAUGCGCUUCUAUGUUCUUUUUUUGGCCUGUUCAGGUACCAUUUCCAGCUCCCUGUUCAUCACAACAACUACGCGUUCAGAAACUUUGGUUCACUCCUCACAUCACCAAACAUAAACGUCUUAACUCCAUUCAUCACAUUUAUGAGUCGCUCAUCUUUGUCCUUUUCCGAGGUAAACAAAUCAGAGACAUUAGAAAAAACAUAUUGUUUGCUUCUCGUUUUUCAUUGCUUCAAUAAAGAUUUGUUCAAAUUCCUUUCCAAAACUCUUGCCAGCAAAUCUAAUGUGGCCGAUCUUAUGCACCAUUUCAGUUUAACUCCCAUUACAAGUAAAGCAACAGAAAUUCCAACACUUUUCACUCUUUACCAAAGAGUUAGAAUGUCUGCACUGCUUGAAGAAUCAACUUUAGUUGUCGACACAAAGUCUAACAACCUUAUGAACAUUUUAUUUUAUUCAUUGUUUCACAAGCAAUUUUUGGUGCAUAUGAUCACUAGUAUUCAAGUUAUGCAUGAUUUUUUUCAUUUUCCUCUUCCUGGAAAUCUUUUUGAGCUAUCAAAUAAACUACUUCUAGAUGCUAGUCUAUUGGACUAUCUAACCAUUUUCGUUGCAAAUGAUCCCGGUAAUAUAGAAGCGUUGGAUAACAUAGUAAAAGCAAACAAUUCUUUAGAAAAUGAUAGAGAUGUUGCUGUUUUUUUGCUUUUGAAAUCCUGUCAACACCACUUAUUAAACUAUAACUUGUUUGCCUCACCAGAUAUAAGCUUGCUUUCUUAUUUGGUUGAGUACAACAAUGCCAAUUAUGCGUCACUUCUCGGAAUUACAGAAGGACAAAAUGUUUGUGAACUGAAUAUUACCGCAUUGAUACCUAUUUUUGAAAUUAUCAAUCAAAACGUUAAAUUAGAUUACCUAAAAGAACGUGAGUUCUUAAUUGUUUUCAAGCUUGCGUUGAUUAACAUAGAUCUAAACUUGGAUUCUAUCGAAGAUUUCAUGAAUUUGAAUAGUUUACUCAUUGAUAUAGGAUCAUCGUUAAGCAUACAUGCAUUAAUUGAUACAAUCCAAACUUUAUUAUGCAUUAUUAUCAAUGAUGUAAAAUUUAGGCAUCCCACUUUUAGCCAGAUCCCUAAAAAUUUUCAAAACAUUUUAGGCUUUCAGUUUAUUCCACCUGUUUAUCGUUCUGACAUGUCAUUUGAAAAUAAUAUUGAUCUCCAAUCGGAAUUUUUUGGGCCUAUGUUUACUUCUUUGCAGGAAUUGGAGAAUUAUCCAGGUUUGGUAGCAACAGCAUCAGAAAUUUUAUUGGAGGACUGUUUGACAAUCAUUCUUUCUAUAAAAAGUAAGGUGUUCAGAUUCUUGAAAAAUUUGAAUAAUGAAACUAAUGUUUUGAGAUUACCGGAUCUGUUUUCAGAUGAUAACAAAAACGAAGAAUAUCCUUUACAUGUCUUUAAGCAGGGUAUUUCAACCAAAAUUGGUAGUUUCAAAUCGAGUAAAUCUCUAAACUACAAACUACUAAACUCUUCAAUAUCAUUAGGUAUUGUUGCAAAUUUGAGUUUGUUAGUAGUCGGUGAUAAUUACAAAUCACUAAGAUCUUCUGAUUUUAUGAUCGAUAACUCUCUAUCAAGACUUUUGAAUGAGUUUACAGUUGAUUGUACCUUAACCUUUUUGAUCAUUUACCAAGAAUUUGGCCUUUUGAGCCUAUUUAAGAAAAUCAGAAAUUUAAACAAUGAAAACUUGAAAAUGGUUGCACCAUCGGCAUCUCUACUAUCGAAAGUUUUUCAAGCCAAGAGUACAGAUUCAAAGUCAGAAAUAAACUCUGUAAUUCAAACUUCGAGUUUUGAAAUAGCCUCUGAGAUUUUAAACAAAAGUGUCAUUUCUAGCAACUUGCUAAGACAGUAUGUUGAACUAUUUGAUGACGGACAAUCUAAACCAUUUAAAUCAUUGAAUAAGUUUCUCAAAUCGCAUCCAUCUACUUUGAAACCUUCUAAAAUUUCAAAAGGUACAGUUAUAUUGGAUUUGGCCGAGUAUAAAACUGCCCUAGCUUUUCAUUAA